GCCAGAUGGGACAGUUACUGUACAAACGACGCGGUGAUGAGACAGAUUUGCUCGCCAAAAUGAUAGAAAAUUUUUCACUACUACUGCAACACACACCGAUCUAUUUCUCACUUGGAGGAUUUUUCGAUAUGGAUUUUAUGCUCCUGAAAGAGAUUGCUGCCGCUAUUACCACUUACAUGGUGAUUUUUAUACAAUUUAUGCCGAAGGAGGAACCAGGACUCGAUUCGACGAUCGCAAACCUUAACAAAUCACUAUUGAUCACGAAUAGUACACUCACUGUGAAGCUUGAAUAAAGAGUGAAAUUGAUGCUGUUACGUUGACAACAAUCUAAAAUAUGAAAUAAAUGGGUUCUUCAUUGUCUGUAAGGUUGUUUGUGAUUUCUUUCCCAUUGUAUUGAUAUAUUCAUACAUACCUCCAUCAU